UAUUGCACAUUCCGACUAAGUCCAUGUCAUAAUAUAUUUCUCAACAUAAAUAAAAAAAGAAUUAUCUUUUGAACAAAAGAAAAUUAAACACUUUUAUAAAAUAUAAUAAUAAUAAAAAAAAGGAAAUAAAAGACAAAAGAAAAAGUCCAAAAAUUAAAGUACAAAAUAGUCAAAAGAAAAAAAAAAAACAAACUAAUUUGGUAAGAAAUGAUGUCAUCUUCUUCAUAUCAUCUCCCUCCCUUUCCUAACAGAAGAUUCACACGGACACCGUUCUUUACUGUUAUUAAGCAUUAAUCCCAUUGUUUUCCACUUCUUAAUCCUCACCAAUUUCUAACGUUCUUUGUCCGUUUUCGUAAUCUGUUAAACCCUUCAUCCUCUUUCUGUCUCUCUUUCUCUCUCCACCAAGGAUAAAAAAAGAAGCAAAAAUCUCCCUCUCAAUCUGCCGAAGUUAACAAUCUCAAUUGUUUUCUGUAUAGAUUGUAAACAUUUGUUCAUUAGUUGGAUUUGAAUCUUUCUUGGUGGUUUCUAAUAUUAAUUUCAUGAGUUGCCCAUGGGUUUGUUUGAUGUGUAAAUGAGAUAAAACCCAAGAAAGGAUUUUUCUUUUUCUUUUUGUGUUUUUAUUGCUGAAAAUUGGAUUUCUUUUUAGAAAUGAGAAGAACCCAGAUGAUCUAGAAGAAGAUCAUUGUUGGAUCAGGUGUAUUUGGAUGAAAAGAAAGUGAAUUUAAUAAAAUUUUAGCUGUAUUUAUUUAUUAGUUUUGUCAAUCUUUUUCCAAGGGCUUUGUUUAUAGCUAAAUUAGGCUUUUUACUAUAUGGCAUUAAUGGAGGAGGAUACAAAAUCUGAAUUGAUGGGUGAGUUAAUUGACUCAGUGAAGGAGGUUUGUUUGUUACCUGAAUGUAAAAAUGUAUGCAAGAAGAUGCAUGGCAAUUUGGUACGUAGAAUUAAGCUUUUGAGUCCUUUGUUUGAGGAGUUGAAAGAUAGUGAUGAAGCGAUAGGACAAGCAGGGAUCAGAGGUUUUGAGUUGUUCAGGUCUGCUUUAGAUUCAGCCUUUCAGCUUCUCAAAUCGACCUGUCAAGGAAGUAAGGUCUAUCAGGCCUUGAGAAGAAACGAGAUAGCACAAGAAUUUUGCCUGAUUACAGAAAAAAUCGAAGCAGCAUUAAAUGAGAUUUCAUAUGCCAAGAUUGAUUUGUCGGAGGAAGUCAGAGAGCAGAUUGAGCUCGUGCAUUCUCAACUUAGAAGGGCUAAAGCAAGACCAGACUACCUUGAUUUACAACUAGACCUUGAUUUAGCCAUAGCACAGAGAGAAAAAGACCUUGAUCCUGCAGUAUUGAAGAGACUUUCCGAAAAGCUGGAAUUGAAGACUAUCAAUGAUCUAAAGAAAGAGUCUCUUGCAUUCCAUGAGUUGGUUAUCUCUAGUGGUGGCGAUCCAGGAGACUCAUUGGAGAAGAUGUCAUCCAUUCUGAAGAAGCUAAAGGACUAUGUUCAAAUGGAAAACUCUGAAGCAGAUAAUUCUGAAUCUGAUAAGGUUUUUUCUAAGCACAGAUCUCCUGUGAUACCAGAUGAUUUCCGGUGCCCGAUUUCUCUAGAAUUGAUGAAAGAUCCUGUGAUUGUCUCCACUGGACAGACCUAUGAAAGAUCAUGCAUCCAAAAAUGGCUUGAUGCAGGACAUAAGACAUGUCCAAAAACACAGCAGACGCUGCUGCAUACUGCACUAACACCUAACUAUGUUUUGAAGAGUUUGAUUUCUUUGUGGUGCGAAAACAAUGGAGUUCAGCUGCCUAAACAACAAGGGGCUUCUAGAAGCAAAAGAAUUGGAAGCAGUGUUUCAGACUGUGAUCGAGGUGCUAUUAUUUCCCUAUUAGAGAAAUUGUUAAUUGGGAAUCCAGAACAACAAAGAGCAGCUGCUGGAGAGCUUCGUUUACUGGCAAAGAGGAAUGCAGAUAACAGAGUAUGUAUUGCUGAAGCGGGAGCGAUUCCACUCCUUGUAGAGCUGUUAUCCUCCACAGAUCCUCGUACCCAAGAGCAUGCUGUUACAGCCCUAUUAAAUCUUUCCAUAAAUGAUAGUAACAAGGGAAUGAUAGUUAAUGCAGGAGCUAUACCUGAUAUAGUAGAUGUUUUAAGAAAUGGAAGUAUGGAGGCAAGGGAAAAUGCAGCUGCCACCCUUUUCAGUUUAUCUGUUAUAGAUGAGAAUAAGGUGGCAAUAGGAGCAGCUGGGGCCAUGCCAGCACUUAUAGAUUUGCUCCGAGAGGGGACUCCAAGAGGUAAAAAGGAUGCUGCCACUGCUAUCUUUAAUCUUUCAAUUUAUCAGGGAAACAAGGCAAGAGCUGUCAAAGCUGGCAUUGUUCCAUCUUUGAUGCAGUUACUUAAAGAUCCUGGAGGUGGAAUGGUGGAUGAAGCAUUGGCAAUUCUUGCAAUUCUUGCAAGCCAUCAAGAAGGGAAAGUAGCAAUUGGCCAGGCCAAGCCAAUUCCUGUUUUGGUGGAGGUAAUCAGGACUGGUUCACCACGCAACAGGGAGAAUGCUGCAGCUGUCCUGUGGUCACUAUGCGCUGGUGAUUUGCAGCAGCUGAAGUUAGCAAAGGAAAGUGGUGCAGAAGAAGCAUUAAAGGAACUAUCAGAGAGUGGCACCGACAGGGCCAAGAGAAAAGCUGGAAGUUUAUUAGAGCUCAUUCAACGAGUUGAGGUUGUUGUUAAUCAAAGCUUGCUCUGAAUUCCGCCAUUAUGUCAGGUGAGGAGCAAAAUCAUUUCUGUUAUCAGUGAACUCAUGCCUUUAGUUUCAUAUUUGAAUAAGUCGAUGUACAAAGGGGGUAUAUGACGAAAGCGGGUGUAUUGGCAGCAGAGAUGUAUGAGUAUGCUCAUGCAUACCGAUCAGUUAAGAUAAGGUGUGGACUAUCAGAGAGUCUCCAUAAUUAUGAGAUAAGCAAAAUUUGCAAUUAUUCUUACUUUUCAAUGGGGUCGGACGGACAAACGGCAGUGGUGCGACUUAGUCACUGUGGUGAGUGCAUUACAUCAAUGACCUCACCAAAAUGGAUACGCAUACUACAAAAGUUGAAAGAUCCCAUAUGGAGGAGGUAAGCAAUUCUUGAUGAUUAUCUGGUGUAAUCCUGAACUGAAAAUAGUCUUGAAGUUGCACCUAUAUUUAUAACUAGAGUUACAUAUAUAUAGAGUUAAUUUUUUUAAUAUGAAAUGCAAGCUGGACAUCUUAGUUACGUGCCUCUCUUGUGCUUGGAGAAAGAUUAUUUAAUCAAAGAUUUGCUUCAUCAUUUCUUUUAAGAAUUGCUUUUAAUUUC